UGAACAUAUUUUGAAGAAUAAGUUGAAAGGGAUAUUGGCUUGAAACUGGCAUUUGAUUUUUAUUCCAAAUAUUUUUGAAAGAUUUAGAAAGAAACUUCUGUCUGUAGCCGAAAUAUGAAAUGGCCGUCUCUCGUUUGACUUUAACAGACAAUACACUAUUACAAGAUCUGUUGAAUAUAGUUGAUUUGCAUCUAGCAUGUUUUCAGUGUGCACAGAAGGAGAAUGAAAGUACAUACGUUUUUAAUGAUAUAGCACAUGCUUGUAAAUAUGAACUACUUUUAGCUAGAAAGAGAAAUGAUAAGUCUGGUAAAUGGCGAUAUGUCCGUCGUCACCCAGAGUUCCAAAGACUAACAACAUAUGAGGUGUGUUGGUAUUAUCGCCCUAGUUCUGGCUGCAAGAAACACAGGAAUAAGUGCACUUUUGCUUGGAGUGAAGAAGAAGCCAUUAUUUGGUCCUUUGAGAAGAAACACAACUUGCAGAGUGGUUUACUGAAGAAGAUGGUUUUAAUGACUAGAAAGUGCAGCAACAAACAACUUACGAGUGCUGAAGAAAUCCUUUGUAUAUAUGAAGGAGAAUUUCAGGAAGUGUGCAGUAUAUGCUUCUAUGGAAGACCUCAGAAAAUAGCCUUCCUAGCUUCAGACAAUUUCUGUACAGUCUCUGCCAGGCACAUCUGGAAACCUUUACUAGUGCACCUUCUUAAAGAGGGAAACAGUACACAAUACAAUGAGAUCCGACCAGCUUCCAAUACAAAUUGUCUUUCUUAUUGCAGAUAUAUUGCCAAAAAUGUACUUUGCCAAGAUGGUGCAAAAGAAUGCAGGUAUGCACACAGUGAGGUUGAAAAGGCAGUUUGGCAGGCUGAAAAGAGUGGUCUGAACCGCCAGGACUUAAUACCAUCUCAUAAGAGAACUGAACUUAUUGUCCAAGAAUGCAGUACAGUGCAGCUGUACUGCAGGGUAUGUUUGGUGACCUUUUCUUCCCAGGAAAGCUUUAAGAACCAUUGUGCCUCACUGGAGCAUGCACUUACGAUAUCCAGUGACACAUGUGUUGAAUGGCAUUAUCGAACUCCUCCUCUUGGAAACACAGCACUGGUGUUGUGUGACAGAGGUGACCGGUGUGAUUUUGGUGAUGACUGUACAAGUGCCCACUCAGAAGAAGAGCUACAUGAGUGGCUGCAGAGGAAGCAAACUGGCAAGGCCAACAGAAAGGUGGCUGAGAAGACGGGGCUACUGUCGUACCAAGAGAGGCUGCUUAGGGAAUACAAGAGCUGCAGCAAUGAAGUACUCAUUAUGUCUGAAUCCAUAGAUGGCAUCUCUGUUUCAAGUGAUCAAAGUCUCCGUGUUCAGACUGAUGACAUACAUGCCAAACUUAAAUGGAACUUCAGACUUCAGUCCGAGCACCAGCUUAUGCAUGUAGCACUGCUUAAGAGACAGCCUGGUGCUAUCUUCUACUUACCUGGAAAAGGUUUAUCAAAGAACCAGACAUUCGCUGAUGGAGCCAGAUUCCUACAAGAUCACACCAUUUUUAAUGUUGGCAUCCAUUUUGAAGCAUUUAGCUAUGGAAUAUAUGAGCAGUGGGUUGUAUUUGACUUUGGCAGCUAUCCAGUAUUGCUCCAGAAAAUUCAAGUAGUAAUUGGGCAAGCUGAAGUCCAGAGAGGUCUUUACAACUCUAAAGGAGUAUUAGGAUAUAAGAAUUCAACAAGGUGGCACAGUGGGAACCGAAAAAUCAUCCCAUGUGUGGAUAAGAUGGAGCAAGAUGUGGAGCUUUUGAAAAGAUACAAAGCUCCAUUACUUUCUCUUGAAUAUAAAUGCAACAGUGCUGAGACAGGACCAUUCACGAGGCAGAACUACAGACAGAAGAUGCAUUCUUUCCUGUACACAGAAGAGCUAGCGGAAGAGGAUGUGCUGGCAAGGCUUAACCUGCAGACCAGUGUUUCUUUCAAUAUAAUGGUGAGUUCCCCAUCAUUUGGGAUGUUAAUUGCUCCUGAAGGAGAACUUUAUGCUGAAGUGCCUUUGCUUUGCAAUCUGACUUUACACAGCAAAGAAGGCUACCUGUUGAAACGAUCAGUUAAGACUGCACUCAUUACUACAAGCCCACCGCUUGACGAGCAGGUGUAUGAAGUUAUUGUAUGUAGUGAACUAAUUACAGAGGAACACAUCUACCUGAAGUUAUCCAAGCGUUGCUGCACUGAACUUGGUCUGAUGAAGGAGAAAUGUUGUAUGCUAGAGAUCCAAUUUCAACUUGAAAGACUGCCUUUCUGCUACUGGCACGAAGCUGUGGACUUACUCCCACAAGAGAUUCUAGUACUUCCAGAUAUUGCUGCAUGCUGUCUCCCUAAAUUGGGUAAAGUAACCUCAGAGGUCAACCAGAAACAAAAGUCUGCUGUCUCUUUUGUCACAGGCCUGACUGCUGGUGUCAGACCAGUCCCUCCACUGGUGAUUUAUGGUCCUUUUGGGACUGGGAAGACUUUUACCUUGGCAAUGGCUGCAGUAGAGGCUCUCAAGCAGACUCAUACAAAGGUUCUGAUCUGUACUCAUACAAACAGCGCUGCAGAUAUGUAUAUCCGAGAAUAUUUUCACCCUCAUGUUACAUCAGGACAUCCAGAGGCAGUACCACUCAGAAUAAAAGUUGAUCUGAAGUCUGCAAGCAGCACUGAUGACAUCACUUUGAUGUACUGUCUUCUUUCAGAGGAUAAGAAGAAAUUUAUGUACCCCAAUCGUGAAACAGUGCAUUCUCACCGUAUUAUUGUCACAACUACCAUGGCUGCCAGGUUUCUGCAGAUUCUUAAGCUUCCUUGUAACUACUUUUCACACAUUCUGCUUGAUGAAGCAUCUCAGAUGUUGGAGUGUGAGGCCUUAGUACCACUGGCCCUAGCAGGGGACAGAACUCGAGUAGUACUAGCAGGAGACCACAUGCAGAUGACCCCAAAGCUGUUCAGCAUUGAUGAUUCAAAGUCAGCAAACUAUACAUUGCUCAAUCGUCUCUUUCACUACUACCAGAAUGAGAAUCAUGAAACUGCAUUAAAGAGUCGGAUAGUCUUUACUGAAAACUACCGUUCUACCAAGGCCAUUAUUGAUUUUGUUUCCAAGCACUUUUAUGUGGGGAAAGGGGAUGUAAUUCAGGCAAGGGGUAACAUCCUACCUCACCCAGAUGAUUAUCCACUGAUGUUCUGCCAUGUUUAUGGCAGCUGCACUUUUGAUACUAACUCCUUAUCGUGGUUUAAUGUGACUGAAGUGGUCCAGGUGGUCGAUAAAGUCAGAGAGAUAUACAGGAAGUGGCCUCCAGAAUGGGGGCCUUUAGAGUUAAAAAGUAUUUGUGUGUUGUCUGAAGGAAUGCAGGUUCAUAUGAUAAGGCAAGAACUGAGGAAGCAAGACUUUGGUCAAGUAACUGUAGAAAAUGUUCACAAUAUCCAAGGAAGACAAUUCCGUGUGAUUAUAAUCUCUAUGGUUCAGACCAGUCAAAGUCUUCCUACUGCCGAUAACACCAAUCUGGAAUUUUUCAAUGACCCAAGAGUUCUGAAUACAGCUAUGACCCGCGCCCAGUUUCAGAUCAUUGUGGUUGGUGAUGCCACUGCAGUAUGCUGUUUUGGAAGAUGCAGCAACAUUUGGAAAAAAUAUAUUCAGGAAUGCAUCAAAAAUGAAAGCAUUUACCCUGAUGAUCUGUCCAUAGAGCAAGUGAAGGAAAGUGUUGCUGAUGCUGAGAGAUGGCGGAGGAAAAACAGGACAGCAGAGCUGGAAGAAGAAAGUGAUAGUGAUUCUUGGACUGAUGAAGCAGAAACAUUCACUAAUGACUCAAUACUCCUGGAGUUGCUGGAUGAGAACAAACAUAUGAUGGUAAUGGUGUCAGAAGAAGGACUACUGAAUGUUGUUAAAGAAGCAGCACAGACCCGAAAGGAAUUAUAUGUUAACUUUCCUGUGGCUACACUGUCUCACCUUCUGAAAGUAAAACCCAAUGUAUACAAGCGCUGUCAACUUUUCCUGGAAGAUUACUUAAAGGGGUACGGGGCAACUCUAGAUGAUGAUCCUCCUUUUCAGAUUAAACUCAGAGGCAGAAUUAACUGUGGCAUGGCCUUUCCUGGGGAUCAGGUCCUAGUAGAAAUUCUACCUGGGCCUGUGAAAGAAAAUAACUCUUCCUGUCACAGUGGUAGAGUUGUCGGUGUGCUGAAGAAAGCAGAAACAACCAGAAUUUUUGUUUGCACUAUCGAUGAGUAUGAUUUCCAGGUCAUGACUCCAAUUGAUAAGUGCAUCAUAAAAAUAUUUAUUGCUGGGUGCAAAAAGAAUCCCAAUAUGUUGCCAAUCCAGAAAUGCCACAAAGGGAAGAUUGUAACACAUAAAUAUGAAAAAAUUACUGAAGAAUUUAAAAAUAACAACGUUUUCAUUGUCGAAGUUUUAAAUUGGCGUGGCAGAUUUUAUUUUCCUGUAGGAAUUGUAACUGAAGUUCUUCCAAUAGCUUUAACAAUAGAGCAGGGCAUCAGGAUUCUUGAUCUGGAAUUUCAAGUCCAAAAAUCAUUGAAUAAGGAACAUUUCAGGCAUGCCUCAACUGGGAUAUAUCAAGGUACUGAAAAUCGGAUUGACUGCCGCAGUUACUUUACAUUCACAGUCGACCCCAAAGGCAGCAAGGACCUUGAUGAUGCCAUCAGUGUAAGACAGCUUGAGAAGUGUUAUGAAAUUGGAAUACACAUCUCUGAUGUGUCAGAUUAUGUGCAGAAAGGCAGCACAAUAGACAUUGAAGCACAGAAACGUAGUGCCACAUACUAUACUACAGACAAAGAUCCCCUGCAUAUGCUGCCAGCAAUGCUAAGUGAAGACUUAUGUAGUCUUUUGCCUGGGAAAGAUCGAAAUGUCAUAUCUUUAUUUAUCAGAGUAGAAGAAAAUACACAUAAAAUGGCUAGCGUAACAUUUGCCUUGUCCCAGAUUUGCUCAGACUGGCAUCUUACAUAUGAAGAAGCAGAAGAUGUGAUUAAGAACUUUGGUGGGAAUGAGCUGAAGUGUGAUACUCCAGAAAAUUGCCUGGCUGUGGUGUAUCACUUUUCUCGGGUCCAUAGGAAGUGCAGACUGCAAGAAGACUCCUUCUAUGAGCAGAUUAGAGAAGACCAGCAAUUGUGUUACCGAAGAUCCCAUCUGAUGGUAGAGGAGCUGAUGAUCAUGUUCAACAGCUUUGUGGCAGAGUAUUUGAGCAACACAGAGGGGAUAAAAAUGACAUUGCCCAUCCGAUUGCAAGAUGCUCCAAAUCCACUGCAAGUUUCCCAGUUAGUAAAGAAACAUAGCGAUUUAAUCUCUCUCUCCAUUCAUUUGUCUCAUCACAUGAGUGACUAUUCUCAGGAUGCACUCACUCCAGGCAAUGGUGAAUUUCUUCUCUUAAUAGAAGUAUGGAAACAAAUUGUAUCAGCUGCAUACAAUAUGGACUCUUAUAAAAUGGUGGAACUCAUUGCUACAGAUGACAUACAUCCUAAAUUGGUGCAUAUUGCUUUUGAGUUUAGAAAGCUACUUACCAAGUCUUUAGUGCUUCGUUCAAAUUCAAAUGCACUGUCCAAAGUGGGUCAUUACUCACUGCAAACUAGCUAUUACACGUGGGCAUCUUCUCCAAUUCGUAGAUACAUUGAUAUAAUUGUGCAGCGACUACUUCAUUCAGCUUUGUGUAAGAAAACAGGGGAAUACACUGAAACAGAGAUAGAUGUCCUGUGUAAUGACUUCAGCAAGAAAUAUAGUAAAGCAAGUGCAUAUGAAAAUAAAAGCAAUAAAAUUCAUUUAGCAAUACAGCUGAAAAGCCAAGUUGUACAGAAAAUUGUAUUUGUGAUAAAUGUUGAACCAACAGAAAAACACUUUGCAGUUUUGUUUCCUUUCAACAGAGAUAGCAUACCCCAACAUGUUAAAAUUCUUUACAGGAGUCUACAACUAAAGGAUCAACCUUUACAUAAUAAAGAAGCAGGGUUCAUAACAUUAUCUUGGAGAAGAAGAAUAUAUUCAUUGGAGAAUUUCAGAUUAUGUUAUGAAGAAAGAGAUCUCUUCAGCCCUCAUGUUAUGGCAGUGAGUGCUGCUUCUUGGAGGAAUGUGCUAGAAGCAAUUAAGAAAGAGGAUUUUCAUAAAGUGAGCAGUCUUAUUGCCAGAAUGCAUGAGUCUGGGCUACUCCAUCGCAAGUGCAUCGGAAGAAUAAUAAAAAGUCAGUGCUUCCACUAUACAGAGAUUUCUCUUCGGCUAAGAAUCGCUGAUGCCUUCCAGGUUCAGUUAACUUCUUGUGCUGUCCGUGGCUUCCUGAUGCCUACUGUGCAGCUUUUAAGUGUGGCACCAGAAUAUGAAGUAUGCUUAGAACAUGCCGAGAGACCCAUUGUGUGCUUCACAAAAUAUGCUGUGCAUAGUACAAAAGAGUCAUACAGGGAUGUUUCUGAAUACCAAAAAAUUUGGGGCCCAUUGUGUGAGAUGGAAUCUGUAUCAAGCGCUUUGUCUGAAAAUGAAUCUGUUAUUCUUCGAGAUCUUGAAGUUCACUGGAAGCAGGAAAGAAAGAGUGGCAGACCAAUACAAGGGCACUUUUCUAUGCCAGGAGAUUUCAAAGUGGCAUGCUCAAUUGACUAUGACUUUCGAAACUGCUACUUCUGCAUUCGUUGUGAAAAUGUAAAAGAAUUAACCAAUCAAGAAAAUAACUCUCAUUGUGAAAACAUAAGUGGCUGUAACGUGCCUACCAAGGUUGCUCAGAAUCCAGAAGUGUGUGUAGAUCCUAAAACUUUUACCUGGGUUGCUCAUGGUCGAACAGGUAUUACUGAGGACAGUGACAAGAGAAAUGCUGAGAAGAGUGCUGACUGUAGAGUGAAUUUGUGUGUCCAUUUUACAUCCAUGGAGAAGGUCCCAGCUGAAGUGUAUCAGGAUCACAGAAAGUUUACUCUGGAAUUGAUUCCAAAGCUUCUUCCUGAUGUCCGACAGGAGAAUGCAGUUCAGACUCUUCACAAGGCAUCAGCUCUUACAAUGUCCAUUGCACUUGGGCAUGAAGUUCCUGAGAUCUUGGAGACAUCCAGUAUUCUGAAACAGAAGAACUUCAAUAUCCGGCAAACAGAUCUGGGAUUUCAUCCACUAAAUCCUAGUCAAAAUGCAGCAGUUAGAGCAGCCAUUGCAAACCCCUUCACUCUGAUUCAAGGACCACCAGGCACUGGAAAGACUAUUGUUGGAGUUCAUAUUGUGUACUGGUUCUACAUGCUGAAUAAGGAACUUACAAACAGGACCCCACCUCAAAUGAAUGAAGGAGACAUAAAAGAAAAAUGCAUUAUGUACUGUGGUCCUUCAAAUAAGUCUGUGGAUGUUGUUGCUGAGUACCUGCUGAAGUUGAAAUCAGUUUUGAAGCCUCUCCGUGUCUACAGUGAGCAAAUAGAGAUGCUAGAUUUUCCCUAUCCUGGUAGCAACCUGCAUCUUUCCCAAAAGACACUUCGGGAAGGGAAACCAAUGGAGUCUCUUAGGGCAAUAACUCUUCACUACCGCAUCCGAAUGCCAUCAAACCCACAUCAUCAUGAAAUAGUAAAGUUUGAUGCAAUGGUCAAACGUGGUGACAUAAUACCAGAAGAGGAUGUUUUGAGGUAUAAGCAAUUGUUAAAUAAGGCUCGGAACUAUGAACUGAAGCGUCAUGAUGUCAUCCUUUGCACCUGCUCAACAUCAUAUAGUAUGAAGUCCGCAGGCAGUCAGGAUGAGGCUAUCAAUGUAACUCAGAUUCUGAUUGAUGAAUGCAGCAUGUGUUCUGAACCUGAAACACUUAUUCCCUUGGUCCAUCACCGUAAAGCAAAAAAGAUAGUCUUCUUGGGUGAUCAUAAGCAACUGUGUCCCAUUAUUCAGAAUGAUGUUUGCAAAAACCUUGGAAUGGCGAGGUCUCUGUUUGAACGCUACAAGGAGCAAGCAAUUAUGCUUGAUAUACAGUACCGUAUGCAUGAAGAUAUCUGUGAUUUCCCAUCAAAAGAAUUUUAUUAUGGUAGACUGAAGACAGAUCCUCAGCUUGCAAAUCGACCUCCUAGUGUGUUUUACCAUCCAAAAAAUAAAAGCUGCCCAAUUGUAUUUGGACAUGUAGAAGGAAAGGAACUCAGUCUAGUGGUCUCCACAGAGGAAGGAAAUGAAAAUUCAAAAGGAAACAUGGAGGAAGUUGCCCAUGUGGUGAGGAUUGCAAAGUGGCUGACACUGAAUGGUACAAUUACACCAGACAGUAUUGGAAUCCUGACUCCCUACAAUGCCCAGGUGCAUGAAAUCAAGCAGCAGCUUUGGAAAGAAGGUGUUCCAGAAAUAACAGUCUGCACAAUUGCAAAAAGUCAAGGCAGUGAAUGGAGGUAUGUGAUACUGUCCACAGUCCGUUCUUCUACCCGCACUGAAGUGGAAGUAAAUCCCACUAAACGCUGGCUUAGAAAAAACCUUGGAUUUGUUAUUGAUCCAAACAUUGUGAAUGUGGCAAUUACACGAGCUAAAGAGGGACUGUGUAUUGUUGGUGAUCGUUACCUUCUGAAUUGCAGUCGCUUGUGGGAAAGACUUCUAAGACAUUAUGAAUCUAAGAGGUGCCUUGUACCAGCUUCUCAGAUUGGAGUACGGAGGUAGCUUUUCAUGUAAAGAGGAGCUCUGCCUGAUAGGUCAGAGCACAGAGACUGGUAUAUGCUGUAGUACAAAAGUACUACUGUCUGAUAGUGGGUAAACUCUGAUUUAUUCCGAAGAUCAUCUCAACAUUCCAAGCCAGCAAUUAAACACAAUUUUUACUGUGCAACGGAAUUUUACAAAAGAAGAAACACAACAUUACAUACGUGCAUAAUGCAGAAAUGCAGCAUAGCUGAAGUAUGAAAAGAAGAUAAAGCACUUUUUUAUAUGAUUAAGAGAGUUUAAUUACUAUAUUUAUUUAGCAGUAAUGAAUUUAUUAAUAUAAAUUUUAAAUUUGUGAAUAAGUUUAACAUUUUUGAAACAAUGCAGUAAUUUCUGAUGUGAAUAAAUUUAAUUAAAAUUU